AUGCCACCCUUCCCUGGCGAAGAGACGUUAGCAACGGUAUUCGUCGACGUACAUAUUUACUUCGCCGCUCCCAGUCCACGUCCCUUCCUCCAUCGAUUUGACAAGUCAUCUUACUUCUAUAUCUACUUUAACUCUACACGAAACACCACCCGCAUUGAGCUCGCUCUUCAUCCUGGUACUCCAGACCAGGCAGCUUUCAAUGGCUUUCUCGAUACUGUCAAGAUCGCCAAUAGCUCGCAUUUCCCUACCAAGGUGACGUUGGAGGUCGAUGGUAUUUCUCAGCCUGGCUCUUCUCCCUCCUCUGCUCGUGGUAGAGAUCCGGACGAAUGGCGCUUAGCCAGUGCGGACCCUAGAGACGCUGGGACCACCAAAUAUAGAAUACAUACGAUCGACUUGUACUUCUGGAUGCAAGAGGAUGCGAAGCUGAUUCUGGACAUCUUCGAGAGGUUAUUAGAUCGCCAUCAGCUGGAUUUAGACGAAAUAGAUCCAGAACCAGACUCGGGCCACCACGAUGUGGUCAGUCCCGUCGUUCAGAACCUGGAGAAUGUUGCCAUAUCCGAUCCAGCAUACCAUAAGGGCAAACACCAGGAGGUCAAUGUACCGCAGCCUCACGGUGCGCAACUACCACCGCCGCCACCACCUCCUCCGACACUUCAGGCUACACCUCAGGCCCAGCAGCCUGCUAGUGACGCGGACCCUUCGGUGAAGGGCUUACAACCAGAUCAAAAUUAUACCCCUCUAGCUUACAAUCCAGCAGCUCCUGCUGCCCCAGAGCCCAUUGCACACCGUGAGGACACCCCACCACCAGUUGAUGGUGAUGACGGAACAGGGCUUUCGGCGGCCAUGCAUGACAACCCGUACGCACAUCAGCCGCCGCCGCCGCCGCAGCAGCACUAUGGCGUACCUCCAGGCCCUCAGCCAGGUGCAUACGGGCAUUAUGGAUCUCCUCCAGGCCAGCCUUAUGGCCCUCAUACUACCAGUCCAGCACCUCCCUCCUUUGGGCCAAACGCAGGAUCUCAACCGUCAUUUGGACCCCACGCAGUGCCUUCACCACGCACGUCAAUCGGCACUGGCUUUUCACCUCCACCUCCAAAUGCGACCAGUCCGGAUGGCAGUCGACAUCCUUCACUCGCUGCGCAAACUUACUCACCAAAUAGUGGCGACCCCAACGCUCACAUUUUCGGCCAGCAACCUCCGGUGCAAAGUCCAGGAGCCCAAUUCUAUCAGACUAUUACCCAGCCCCACAAACCUCUCCAGCACGUACACCCCCAGUACCCAGACUACUUGGCUUCCGGUCAAGCCGCUCCACCCCAACCUCAGGGUGGCUACUCAAGUUAUCAGUAUGGUCAGGCUGCUCAGCAGCAGCAACCUUCAGCAACGGCUGGAAACCCCUAUGACGUGCACAGUCAGUUCUACCGGCCGACUGAAGAUGAGCAUCAAACACGCCACCAUUCUAAGCCAUCAAGAACGUCGACCAGCUCCCAGCAGCAUAGGCCAGGUAAUGUGGAAAAGGUUGAGAAAAGUAUGGGCAGAUUCUUUAAGAAGAUUGAAAAGAAGAUUGGUUGA